UAGGAAUCUAGUUUGAAGAAAGUACGUGCUCGAUCCUCUAGCGCCGUCUCUCUUCUUACUCAUGCUAUCGCCGUGGUGUACUAAAUCCAAGUAAAAAAGAGUUAAAAGAUUAAAUUAAAUCUUCACGCAUUUGAUUAUUCUCGCACCUAUUAUGGCUUUGCUUCAGUCGGGUGCCAUAGAUAACUACACUUAUUAACACGAUUGAGAACAAACAAAAUGAGUAAAGCCGUGGUACAGAAAGCCUCUGCAAGAGGGGCGAAGAAUGCAUCGAUAAGCGAUUUUUGUACGGAGACCGCGAAAAAAAUGUGGGAUUUGUUAUGCCUUGGGCCGUACGAUCACGGGUGUUACAAAGCUUUCGAACUGGCGUACAACGAGUCGGUACUUUUGUCUUCAUUUUAUAGCUUAUCUGAUAGAACCUAGUCGCAAUUUGAAGCAGAUUGUAGGCGCAUGAACGGAGGGCGCAAAGCUUAGCGACGCAUGUGCCUCCUUGCGAAGUCGUGGGAAUGUGAAUGCAACAGAUCGGCCGGCUGCCAGUGAAAACAAUGGCGGAGCCUCGCCCGGCUGGUGUAGCCGUGCCCAUGUCUCUCCAGACUGCCGCCGAUGACAAUGGCGCGCGGAUUUAUGUGGCUUGAGAUACGGGCGCCGCCGUGUGUUGUCUUCGAAGCAACACACCGGGAGACGCUCGGCGACGUGGUUGCCAGCCCGCGCAUGGCUCUGAUUGCUCCGCCGUAGCGAGCCAGAGGCCGCCUGGUUAUCAUGAUGGGGGCGCAAGUAUUGGCGCGGUGUUUCGUCAAGGCUGGCCGCAACAUCCUUCGCCGAGGGGAUGACAUUCGCAGAAAUGUCUCCGGGGCGUUUCCGGUGGUGGUUCAGGAAACUGCGCCCCAUGCCAAGCGAAGCCAGCCCCUCAGCCCUCACCGAGGCAGGCGGGGCCGCGUUAUCUUGGCGGCGAUAGCGUCGAGGGUGAAUGCAUGGCGCACCUCGCCCGGCAGCUUUGCCCGUUGCUUAUGUAUGCGAGUAGCUAAAUGACAGGGACCCCCAUCCCUUGCCGAUUCGCUGCGCCAGGUGGUGGCACUAAAACGCUGGGCGGCAUCGAAAGCGCUAGCGUGUUCUUAUCGGGGUCAGCGUGGCAGGCCAUGGAGGUCGUCACCAAUACACAGAGGCGGCGCUAAAGCCGGGAGAGUGCCCAUAUACUCCAGCGGGCCGCUGGCAUUAUACCCGGAGCUUGUCGCCUUAUCUUUUCUGGGAUGACGAAAACAGACGCCGCCAGAUUGCUUUAGCUAUGCUUCACGCUAAAGACGCCGGCUCGCGUUGGUCGAAAAAUCGAGAGGGAGCACGCCGCGGAUGCCUUAAAUUUUCUGGCCGUGGAGGACAAGGCGUCGCCGAGUGAUCGAAAGAAGGGGCGGGCCCUCCGCUGCGGUGGGUUACGUGGCUGCGGGAGUGAGGUGGCAGCCAUUUGCGGCGGUGGUGUGGUCGAGAGUAGUACCCGCCAAGAUUAGCCUCAAGAUCAAGAUGAAGGAACAACGGGAUGACAUCUGGGCCCGGACUCAUCGCAGCCACCGGCAUGCUCUAGAAAGGCGCAGGACAAGGACCGCAAAAAAGGCGGCGCAUCUUCGGCGUCACCUCUAGAAAUUUCGCCAGCGUCCACGAGACGCAAGUGCUGGUGAGUUUGUAUCUUUGCUGCGCGAGCGGUUAGCCGUAAAUGGGCUGCGUGGGCUUUGCAAAGGGGGAAGGCGCCAGAGCAAAUAACAAAGCACCUGCGUGAGUUGGAUGCUGUGGGCGGCUUGGAUACCUAACGCGCAAAGUUCCUGCGCUCGCAGUUAAUUGCUUUGGUGGCGUAGUCGCUACCGUCAAGAAGUCCAAGGCUGACGACCUCGACCAUGACUCCGCAGCAGUUUCGCCGGUCGCUUGUUCCGCGCAUCCGCUCCACCAAUCAAGGCGCCGCCGAUCGCCACAAUUCAAGCAAGUGGCCCGGCAAUUUCGUGGGUGGCCUGCGGUUCUGAAUAUUGUGGGCCCAGUCUUGGCUGUGCUCCUUUGCUGCUCGGGUUCUGUGCUUGUGUCUGAGGGCUGUCGUGUGUAAUCUUCCACGAGGUUCGUCGACUUUUCUGCCGCUUAUUCUCUUGACUCUGGGCGGGUCAGUGUGGGCGUCGACGUAAUUCUUCUCGAAGUGUGUAGCCUUUCUACUUAUUAUCACUUUCUUGCAAUAUUAGUCAUUUUCAUCUUUCUUCUGCCGGGCAUGAGCAGGCACUUUUUGUAUCGACUCUCUGUGAUAGUUCGCCAAUUCGUUUACUUUACCGACCUUCCUUUACAGAAAAUGCGAGUUGUCGAUGCGUGCGUGUUCAUUUUAUGGAUGAAGGGAAUCGACUGGAAAAAAUUUCAAGACAAAGUGAGUCGCAACGUGCCGAAUCGUACUCAUCCAAUUAUGUUUAUAUUUAUGUGAUGUUGUGGGUUGUUACACAUGCACCAGUGUCAUUUUUUACGAAUCUCAAAGCUUAAGCUUGGUAUGAAACAAGUAACAGCUUGGCUUCAAUACCUAUUGCGUUGUUCUUCUAUCAAUCACAUUACUGAAACUAUUUUUAUCGUGCGACGAUAACGCAAGCAGGUCACAUGCAGUACGUCAUGCUGUUCACCAAUUUGAAUACGAAAUUCGAGAAAAUUUGCUUCGAGAAAGAGCCGGAGUAUGGGAAGCCAACGAAAAUGAUUGUGGUGAAGUUGACGCGUGACGACUUCGCUGUCUUUUUGGUAUUUAUUUAUAUCACCCGAAUGCGUUAGGUUUAUUGACUGGGCUGGAUAUCACUCAUGAUCAGUGUCAUGGUAGUAGUGUCUACUCUGUAAUUUUUUUUUCCACAUCUACUCUCAAGGUGCGAGAGCUUGUUAUUUAUGUAUCAUUUUGAUGCGGUCAUCUCGAUUUAAUUUCACGCUUGCACUUGCAGGAGUACCUCCUUCCGCUUCUCGAGGCAAAAUCGACGCAAGGGUGCAUUCAGAGUUGCGCUGCAGCACUAAAUACUUUGGCUUCCAACAACCCGAAAGUGCCAACAGAUGACCCAGAUGAGGAAAUUGAAGUUUUUUUGAGCAUCCUGGGAGCAUACGUAAUCCCAUACGAAAUAAAAAACGCCGAGUUCACGAAAACACAUCAAGAAAAUAUCCUUGCCUCGGAGCCAUGGAAGGAAUCGAAAGACGUACUUCUCAUAAGUGUUUCAUUUAUUUCCUCCUGGCUGAAUAUCUUAUGUUUUCUCAAGUUUGAUUGUAUUAUACUGAAAAUCAUGACAUUCCUUAGAUACACACUCGGUAGUCUUUUUUUAACUCGUCAUCGAUUGGCUAUCGCUCUAGGUGUACGAGCGUGCAAUGACGGAGUAUCCGGAUUUGAUGGCACGUUGCCCAACGGGAGUGAAGCACAGAGAAAUGUAUCAGCGACUACAAUGCCGCCGGGAUGCAGCUCUAUUAUACAGCUUCAUCUACAACAAAAGUCUGCCGGUAGAGUUGGCGAAUGACGCUGACCGCCUGGCGCAGCUCGGAUUGACGAAGGCACACGUCAAGUUUAACGACGAUCGCCGCAAGCGAUUAGGAUAUCUGGUGGCUGAUGAGGAUCUCGAUGACAACGAUGACGGCAAAGACAUGAAGCCAGGCACUUAUCAUUUAUGUUGCGUGGUCGUCUGUCUAGCUUGUGCUAUAUGAUUAGAGCUGUGAUUUUAUUACAAGAAGACCGAACGUAUGUUGUAGGACAUCUUUUACUUUCCUUUCGUAAUAGAAUAGAGUCAGAAACUUAGUUUUCUUUAUGCACUUACGUUCUUCAUGAAAAUCAAUCAGCAUGUGACGAAGCAAAUAGGAAGAGGUCUCGCGCGCAAAGUUUAGCCGUUGCAGAAGCUUCUCCCGUUCCUUCUCCGCCCGCCAAGAUGUAUUUCUCUAUAAGUUUCAUACAUGUUAAAUUUUCUUUCUUCAGAAGUAUCCUGUUCUUGAAGACAGUGGAAACGACUAUGGUAGUAUUCGUGCUUUCAAGGUUGAACUUUAAAUUAACAUGGGAGUCUCAUUCUUUCUUCCGUUAGAAUUUAAAACGUAUUAUUAUCAGUCAAGACGUGUCCGAGUCUCCGGCUGGUUCGCAUACUGGUUUUUUGGAACGUGGAUCAUCGUCUUUUUCUGCUCCUGACCUGAUUCGGGGUGCCCCUGGCUCUGCGCGUUUGUUCUGGGGUGGAGAUUCGCAGUCUUCCAUGCACCUUGCAGACCUUCGACAAGGAAGAGAUCCUGAUCCUGCUACUACUGCUGGCGGACUAGAAGCGUCUGACUCUGGUGUGCUCUCUUCCUCCCGCUCCUUACAGAAAUCAUCUGCGUCUUAUAAGGAAAAACUACUACCGGAAGAAGAAAAAAAUGAUGAACCAAACAACAACAACAACAUGAUGGAAGUCGACAUGGAAAAAAAAAUGUUGGAACAAACUACAUCUUCUCACGGAGUGCUUGCUUCGACUCCUGCCGGUGCAGCUAUUCAUGCGACUCCAGAAGGUGCGCGUAGUGUUGCUCAGUCCGCUAGCAGUAUUCCUUCCAGUGCUAACGCCCUCUUCCAGCUGCAACAAGAGCAACAGCUUCAAGUAGCACUUGCGAGCCAACAGCUUCUUUUAAAUCAGCAACUGCUUGCACAAAAUCAAAUGCUUGCUCCAGGGUUUCCAUUUGGCAUGAGCAACGUAAUGAACAUGCAGAUGGCAAUGGAGAGUCAGAAUGGUAUCUCAAGCCUUUCGGUGCAGGGACUGGAGCGUUUGCAAAACACAAACCGCGCGCUAUCAUUGCAACCAGAGCCCGCCAGCGUGUAUUGUUUUAUCUACAUUUUUAGUACUACGUACUCGAAACGUUUUUGAAGAUAGACUCGUGAGAGUAUUUCUGUUUCUGUGAUCGUCUUUCAUAGAUAUUUGCUAUGCGUCGUUCUUUCUCAUUUACUCUUAUUAUGAUUCCUUCAUCUAUUUCAUGCGCGUGCUCUACAACCCGAUAGGUUGCCGAAGCGCAGCAUCAAUUUUGGCAAGGUUUUUACUCCUGCUGGCAAGACUACGGACGACAACAAGGAAAAUGAAGAAGCUGCCGCGACUGUGGUAAAUACUCCUCGAGAGUCUAAUGUAGGAGAACCAGACGCGAGUACGACGACGCUGCGCCACGAGCCUGAGCAACCAGCUCAAGCGACAACUAUGCACGCUCCGGCACCGCCGAAAAAGAAGAGUAAGAAAACUUGGGCACAGAAACAACGUCAAGCACAAUCUGCAGAAGUGGGAUUCAUCGACUCUAUGGAAAAAGUACUCUAUUUGAGACUUCUUCAUCAGUCAGAAGGUUUUUGCUUUGAUUCAUCAUUACUAGGAAAUAACGUAUAAGCACUUUGCGUUUUAUUAAUGUUUGAGAUUACGAAAGCGUCCCAUGAUCAUUUUGUCCUCAUCCUCACUACAGCCAUUGGAGUACGAUUUCAAAAACGAAGAAAAAUUUUGGGCAGCUGUUCUAUUAGCAGAGGCGUACUUGAAGAAGAAAGAAGCUCCGAAGUUUGCUCGUUCGAUUGCCGACGAAGUUAAGGACUAACAGGGAAAAACCCACUAAGUUUCAUCAGCUCAGCAACGUGCGGCAGCACUGUCAUCACGUUCUUCGACAGAAGCAUUAUAUGUGAAUAUUGAAAGUAAGAACGUCGCUCCUGGUCUCUCGUAAUGUCUCUGGUAUUUUCUUAAAGGAGAGGACCUCAUUGUGUAGGAUAAUGCUUUUUCUCCUUCAUCUUCCACAAAUUCAAUCUAUGUUUCUAAUACGAAUAAAGCCGUGGCUUUUUGGGCUUUAGAAAUGAUUGAUUCGAAAACUGAGGACCUUAUCGCGGCGCGUGAAAAAGAUCAAGAGCGCUUGAUCAAACUCUGCGACGACAACGAAGAGUACGUCAAUGUUGCCCAAGAGUACGGAAGGGAACUCAUGGCUUACCGCACCGACAUUAUCAUUUUACGGACAAAGUUUAACUUGAAAAAUACUUGCCGGUUUUUAAUGCGGUGCGCUAUAGAAAAGUGCGAAAAUUAACUUGCGUAAUGCAAUGCGUGACAAUUCACUAUUUUGCAGCGCUACUUCUUACUUCGCGGGGAAGGACUUUCUGUCUAUCUUGGUGUCAUGUCUCUAAUCAAGAAACUUUUACAAGAAGGACUGGUAGCAGAUUUCUUCAAAGUCAUCGGAGACUGCAAAUGUGCGGCGAACGUCAAUAAAGCAGCGCACGCAGUGCAAAAAGUUGCAACCGAGACUCGAGGAGACUUGGGCUAUGGAUAGUCUUGCGUUUCUGUAAAAAGAUAGAGUGUUAGCAUUUCGUAACUUUCUUGGUUUAGAUCAUCUGCGUUAUACUGUUACUGGCUAUGCGAUUCGUACUACAGAGCCACGGGCUCUUAGUAAUCUAGUCGUUGCGAAUAUCACCACAGUAUUAAUUAAUUUUUCUAGGAUAGUUCACGAGAAGAGAUCGCUACCAUUGUGUAGUGUUAAUCUUUCUACGUUCUUCUAACACACGGUUCCGGGAGGCAUCGCACUACAUGCGAUUGUUGCGAAGCUGGCUAUGACGAAGAAAUCCAAAACUGUUGCUGCUCUCCUCCCCCGAGGAGUUACAGCUGAUCCUGUAGCUAAUUUCUUGGAACAAUUGCGCAGCUUGGACCGCGUCGUACCAGUUUUUUAUACUCAAGCUUUCUAUGUUCUCUUGUAGGAUCAUGAUCUUGAUACGCCUUCGUCUCAGCAUGGUGAAGCACUCAUGAAGAGUUACGACUAGCAAGCAUGUGCGAAGUUCGGAAACAAGUGGCGCAAUGAUGUAGUAUGAAAAUCGAAAAAGUUUCUUUAUGCCUAAUUUUUACCCUUAAACAGAUCUGUCACGGAUUGAUUCCGAACGCACCACCACCGAGCAGCAACUAUAAUCGAGUCGUCGUGGAGGAGAAAGUUUAUCUUCUUGCGAAGCAGGCUUCUUUGGUUGUCGAUACAGCUGCUUAAGAAAGUCGUUAUCUUCUAUCAAGAAGACUCUCCUCGACGAUCAUGGUAAGACUUUGACUUAUCUCAGUCGAGUAGGGUCGUCUUAAAAUUCAUGAAGAUAAUGAACCUACAGCCCUUCUAAUCCUAACAACAUGCAGAAUUACUUUUAAGAUAUUGGAAAUUAGAUCCGAAGUCCUCUAUGAUUUGAUAUACUGAUGGCGUAUCUUUAAGUUUAAAGUGUAUGACGAAAUAACGCGAGCACUCUGAGUGCUCUGGUUUGUAGUUAUUCUUAAUAAAAAGCCUUUUCUUUCGUCUUGUUCUAACGUACUCGACUUCGGCGAGUGGGGAGUCGCAUUUUCUUACCAAUAGCGCGAUGCUGGUGUCGCGAUACAUGGCGUACAUUUGGUAUGGUGUUGACCAGGACAAUCCAUUUUAUUUAUGGCUACAAGGACCCUACUUAUUCUUAUGUCAUCCCUCAACGGUGUACACUCGAUGCCUCUAUGUACUACUACUGCGUUUAGGUUCUCGUCUCUUUUUCUAGAAUGAAGGCUUAAAGAUAUGUAACGAAGUCAAAACGUAUCAACAAAAUAGGAAGGGGAGAUGGUGAGAUAAUCGCGUUUGAUCGCAAGCGAGCUGCGUGGUGUGAAUUUCUCUAAUGUCUACUUACGAGACGCCAGCCGCUGAACGCCGCGCGCUGCUUGACCAAUCUUUCCGACGGGUACUAUGAUACUUAUAUAUUCACUAUAUUCUCGCGUAGAACCUCCUGAAUGAGCGACGAAUCUACUUUCUCUUUGGUGUUGAGUAUUACCAAGUGCGCCAUCUACUGAAGGCGUAUACUCAUUUUCUAUUCAAAUGCUUUGGAUUAUUUACAUGGAUGGUGACUUAUCUAACAGGCUUCGCGGCAAAGCUUAUUGACGCCGCUGACAACGUAUCGAGACACCUGGGAUGAGUCAAAGGACCUACAUUCUAGCAAACUGCUGCUCAACAUUUAUAACUCCGUGGACCGACUAUGUGAGAAAACGUUCACCGUUUUCAUCUACCCGAUUAUUCGAAGUGAGCACUUUCCCCCGAAAGCAGACUCGGCAGGAGAAGCCAAGGAAGCAAUCAAGAACGACCCGUUAUACAGGUACUCAAUCUAGUAGAUAAGAACGUGCUUCAACAUUCGCCAGGCUAUCGCACUUAGCGUGCUAGCUGGAGUGGAGCCCCCUGGUGAAACUAAACAUCUAGAAGAAAAUCGCGAGGGAAUACUCUAAGCAAUCAUAACGAACUAAUCAACAACUUGCGAUACCAUUACACAGUCUACAUCUCGUCUAACUCAUUUUCUCACUUUUCCUUUCAAACCACUCUAAAAAGGUUUCUCCCGAUGCAUGUCGGAGGUUUGGAGCCGCUCUAUGAGGAGAUUGCGAGUUUCUAUUUGCGAAAGAAAUUACAGGAGCAAGCAGUUUCUAGCAAAGCGAAAUCAGCGGCCGUAUCAGAUAUGAAUAAGCAAGUGGAUUCUCGAAUGCUAAUCCGAGAGGUGCACAGCGAUGGAGAAGACGAAAUCGACUCACGCGACCCCAACCGAAAAGUACAGGUUGCUGGAGGUCUUCGUAGGAAGGCAGUGCAGGAGGCUGACUUAUCCUCUUCGGACGGAAAUGAAUCAAACUAG